GACCGACCUCAAGAACAGGACCCAUAUUACAGAGGCCGAACAGAGAUGAAAAAGACCUGCUGAGAACUGGAGACCUCAGUCUGACCCUGAAAAAACCACAGAUGGAGACACAGACACCUACACCUGCACCGUCUACAGCAGGGAGGGAAACAUCCUGAUGAAGAAACAAGUGGAGCUAAAGGUCAAAGACUGUCACGUGGAGGUGGAUUCAGGGGUGGAGUCUGUCCAGCUGCCCUUCAAAACCACAGGUGACCUGCCUCAAGAUGUCAGAGUGGAGUGGAGGACCAGUUACACUAACAGGAAGGUCCAUGUGUAUCAGAACGGCUCUGACCGACCUGAGGAACAGGAAGAUGAUUACAGAGACCGAACAGAGAUGAAUGAAGACCUGCUGAGAACUGGAGACCUCAGUCUGACCCUGAAACACCCCACAGACAGAGACAUAGGAAGAUACAGCUGUGAAGUCUACAACAAGGAGAUCAGGAGAAGGAAAACAGUGGUGAUUAAAAUCCAAGCUCGGGUGGAGGCCGGUCAGCGCAGAGUGUUGGAUGAAGCCACCAGACAGAGGAGACUGAGCAGACAGCUGGAGGCUCUGGAGAAAGACAACUUCCAGGACGACCCUCUGUCCUCCCUCCCUCCCCCAGGUCCUACAGCCCGCCUGCCUGCCUUCAGUGAGACAGAGGAACCAGAGAAGAAGAAGAGGAAGACGAGGGGCGACCACUUCAAACAGCGUUUCAGGAAGAACUUCACCACCCUGCUGGAGGAGGAGAACCUGUCGGAGAAGCCGGAGCCUAACUACCUGUCGGCGGCGGCCCCGCCCUCGUCGCUGCCUCCACGACACUUCUGCUGCGUGUGUGGUUUCCCCUCCCACUACACCUGCACCACCUGUGGGGGGCGCUACUGCUGCAGCAAGUGUCUGUGCACACACAGAGAGACCAGGUGUUUGAAGUGGACGCUGUGACUGCGUCAGGGUGGAGGAGGAGGAGGAGGAGGAGGAGGCUGACGGAGGUUCACACCUGAGAGAGCAGACACACUCACAUACACCUGUACAGGUAGACAGACAGGUGAGCAGACUCCACCCUCCUCCUCCUCCUCCUGUUGGACCUGGACAAAGACUGAGAGGAAGGAGUGGUGUGGACUCAGGUGGACGAAGGUAAACAGGACGUGAUUGGCUUCUCUCUGAGCCAAUCAGGACGUGAGCUGCAGCGACGAGUCGACUGACAGAAAACCAAUAAUCAAUCGUUGUGAUUGGCUCCAGUAAACAGCUCAGACACUUCCUGGUUCCUCCAUGUUGUUGUUGUUGUUGUUGUUGUUGUUGUAAAUAAUGAUUCUUUCAUUUGAUAUUAAAAACUAAACUGAU